AUGGGAGAUGGGAAGAAUAUCAAACAGCAGAUCAUCGCACUUGGUUAUGCAGAUGGAGUCGGAGAGAGGGAGAAUUCUCUGAAAUCCUCAACAAUGCCCGGACCUGAACACCGUGAAAAUCAGCCAGAUCAUCGCACUUGGUUAUGCAGAUGGAGUCGGAGAGAGGGCGAAUUCUCUGAAAUCCUCAACAAUGCCCGGACCUGA